AUGGCCCUGAAGUUGCGCCUAGCACGAGGACCUCCAGGUCCUCUUCCCCUCCAUCAGGCUUCUGCCCCGCAUCGAUGCCGCACUUAUCACAGCUGCGAUUGCUGUUAUCGGCAUCAGACAUUCUUCCUCAUUCUUCCAACAGUACUGCUCCUUCUACAGUUUGGUUCCAACGGACUCCGAGGCCUGCUGCUCGCCAUCUUUCUCGCCUUUGUUCUGCUCCUGCCACUCCAGACAACUUCCGAGGUCGAGCGAUACUUAGUGAUACGACAGCCUCCUUUAGGCUCAUCCGUGCCGUUGCACCAAGGUAUUUCCACCGAAAACUCCCAAACAGGCGGGCAUCUCGCGAUCAUACAGGCGCCCUCGCAACGUCCUCCACCGCAUGUUCUUCCCGGCCAUCACUUGUAUGGCAGAAAACAACUCAAGUCAGAACGGCUCUAUUUGUACAUGAAAGCAGACUCUGCCAAGCCCAGUAUGGAUGAACUUGCGGGUCGGCGGAGUGUAGUCAGCGCAGACGAGGACGGGCUGGACGUGACCACACUAGGAGGAAAGAAUAUUGUGUCCACGCCUCAACAGCGGUCUCAAGUACUCGAUGUGCCGUCUGGGUCUUUCACACCUUCAUAUCCAGACCCACGAUCUGGCACACGUGGACGGCUUGCCUCGGAGCUCGACUUUGAUCCACGUUCACCAUCUCUUAAACGAUUAAAGACAGCGACGAGCUCUGGAUCUGUUUCUCCACUUGAGAACUCCAGGGACAUUCAUACUCAGGCACAUGAGCUCUCAACAACCAUGUCUGGCAUGGAGAAUCACGAUGACGAGAUACCGGAUUCACCUGCUUCGGACGAUAAUUCCAAGAAACGCCAGAGUCGACGUCGUGCUGGGCAAAUCAUUCCUCGCAACCAGGGGCACGCUGUGGCAAAGGUUGCUCAGAAUACGAGCCGAAGGAAAAGGGCAUCAGCUAAUGCGGCAUCGACUCGAUUUCCAAGGCGAUCCCCACGCCUUGCAAAACCACUUACCGAGUUUCCGAAAUAUUCACACCUUCCAGCCGAAAUCAAGCUCAUGAUUUGGAAAAGUGCCCAAGUACCCCGACUGGUAUAUAUUCGCAACAGGGCAGCCCUGGGAUUUGUUCCAAAGGUGCAAACAAAGCCACCCAAAUGGCUCAUGACGGAUCGAUGCAGCCUAGACGUUGCAGUUAAAAACUAUGUCAACAUGUUCUCGCUGCACGGAGGAUUUCACUGCGUCCGCCACCAAUUUUCAUCAGAAGACAAGCGUCUGGUCAGGUUCUUGGCUGUACAGAAUGAAUCUCCACAUCUACCACCAAGCACAAGACCAUGUUGGGAAACUCUUAGUGAUACAUUUCCAAACGUCGAGACGCUGUACCUUCUUAAGAGCCCUCUUACAGGUGACAUCACUGAGGGGCAGGCACUUAUUCGAGCCGGAGCAGACGAUCGAGAGGUUGCGCUGCAGAAGCGAUUCGCCGAGUGGAAGAAGGGCGCAGGCAAAAACAAAGCCCUGACGACAUUGGAUUUUGCAAUUGCUACCAACAAGGAGCCAGACACAAUCAAGGCAGGUGAACGAUAUAGAUACGUUGAGGGGCGCGAGACUGGGCUGGCAAAGGACAUUAUCGUGGAUUAG